AAUUGUGCUUGCGACCGGGCAAGACGUAUCAGUGUUUCGUUGUUUGAAGUCGAGAAAAUGUUUUCGAGUGCAUUUCUUGCUUUGAUUUUCGCUGCUACAGUUCUAGGGGAUACGGAAAAUAAGUUUGUAAUAGUUCAAACUGAAAAUGGGCCAAUAAGAGGCAUCAAUCGUGGUGCGUAUUAUGCGUUUGAAGGAAUACCAUAUGCAAAGCCCCCGCUUGAUGAGCUUAGGUUCGCUGCACCAGUUAUGAACGAUGACCGGUGGGAUGAACCAAGAGAUGCACUUGAUCAAGGACCGGAUUGUUUGCAGUGGAGCCACUUAGUUGAAGGUGAAGAUCGGACUACUGGAGAAGAGGAUUGUUUGGUUUUGAACAUCUACACAACUUCGUUGGAGAGCUCCCAACCAUUACCCACCAUUUUUUUCAUCCAUGGUGGAGCAUUCAUGUUCGGCGGAAAGAGUUUUUAUCGUCCCGAUAAUAUGAUGAGAACACCUUUGGUGUUGAUCACGAUCAACUACCGUUUGGGACCUCUAGGCUUUAUCAGUACAGAAGACGAUAUUAUUCCAGGGAACUUCGGAUUGAAAGAUCAAUCUAUGGCUCUCAAAUGGGUUCGACAGAACAUUAUAAACUUUGGCGGGCACCCAGAUAGCAUAACAAUUUCCGGAUACUCUGCCGGGUCAGCCAGUGUUCAACUGCAUUAUCUUUCGCCUAUGUCCCGUGGCUUAUUCAAGAAUGGCAUAGGCCACAGUGGAUCGGCGUUGAAUCCUUGGGUAUUAGCAGAAAAUUCCGCAGAGAAAGCCAAACAAAUCGCGGCAACUGUAAGCUGCCCGACGGAGUCCAGCAAGGAUAUGCUGAAAUGUUUGAGACAGAAACCGGCUCGAGACAUUGUACGAGCGCUGUCUCCUUUAUUUAAUUUCUUGUACAAUCCAUUUUCACCACUUGGAGUUGUCAUUGAAAAGCAGUCCAAGAACAAUCCAAGGCCAUUUUUGGCGGAUCAUCCAUACAAACUGAUGCGCACGGGAAAAUUCUAUCAUGUGCCCUUGCUACUAUCGGUAAACGAGGCCGAAGGUCUGUAUCCGGGAGCAGAAUUUAUCAGCAAUCGGGAAUAUUUGGACUCAAUCAACAAAAACUGGAACGAACUAUUGCCCAGCAUAUUGGACUACCGCACCUCAAUGCAGAACGACGAAGUACGCCGUGAUGAGAUAAGCCAAACAAUCAAGAAGCGAUAUCUGGGAAAACGAAAACUCAGCGAUAGCAGUUUUCGCGACUUUAUUCGAAUUAUUUCGAAUCGUUUAUACUUUGCCGGAGUGGUUCGCUCAGCGCAACUGAUGCAAGUUCAUACUCCCAUCUACCUUUACUACGAUGCAUAUAAAACAAAAUACGCUAUCAGUGAGUAUUUGUCGAACUCAACGAAGAACUAUGGCGUAGCGCACGGUGAAGAUGUGCUGCUGCUAUUCAACACUGAGUGGCGUGAGACUGUUCCGUACACGGAACAGGAACUGCUGAUGGCCGGGCGUUUUGUGGGAAUGUAUGAAGGUUUUGCCAAAAACAGCGUGCCCAAGUUCGGCGACUACGACGUACCGCGUAUGGAUAAGACAGAUAUGGUACGUUUUCUGGAGGUGAAUUAUCCCAAGAGCAAAGAGAAGCUAUUGCGGCAACUGAGUGACGAAGAUUUCUGGAAUCAGAUUGAUUUCAAUGAUGGAAUGCCAGUUGCAGUGCCGCAAACUCAAAAAAAUGAUGAACUUUAAUGUGGAAUAAAACUGAAUAAAUCUCCUAUGUAAUAACUCAUUAGGAACAAAUGUGUAAAA